AUGUACAAUGAUGGCGUACAAAAGAUGUUAGUGACAUGUGCAAGUAGCAAGCAGUACACUUUGCGAAGACCAAAAAUCAGGGUUGCCUUGGCGGAACGAAAGGCGGAAAGUACCGUCGGAGUCGUCAGCGAUAGGCAUUCGUCGGAACCACCGUCACCACCACUCGAGUCGAUGAAGGCACUUUCAAGACGAACGGUUUUUGAUCACUUCACAGUGCUGACGACGUUGUAG